UGCCUCCGCUCCCCUUUCUCUCGGCGGUGGGUCGGAGCCGCUGUCCCUGGCCUCGCAUGUUUCCCUCUGGAUUCCUGUUUUCAGUUUGAUGCCCCUCUUGUAGAUGCGCUCCGUUUGAACGCCUUUGAAGGGCCACAGUCGGGCGUGCGUGCAGUGGUGUUUAGUUGCCCCCAACAUUUUUAUUUUGAGGCGUUUCGAGGCUCCAACCCCGAACAUGGCUGUUCAAGUUAGCGGAUCGUCUGGGCCGAUUGCCCGGCUAGAGGGCCGUGAAUUCGAAUACAUGAUGAAGAAGCGCUCGGUGACCAUCGGCCGGAACUCCUCUCAGGGCUCCGUGGACGUGAGCAUGGGCCACUCGAGCUUCAUCUCGCGGCGGCAUCUGGAGAUAUUCACGGCCAGCGACGACGGCACCGGCAGCGGGGACUUCUACCUGAGGUGUCUGGGUAAAAACGGGGUGUUUGUGGACGGAGUGUUCCUAAGACGGGGCGCCCCUCCUCUGCAGCUACCACGAAUGUGCACGUUCAGGUUUCCCAGCACCAACAUUAAGAUCAACUUCACGGCGCUGUCCAGCGGGAAGAAGGCCAAGCGAGAGGCGCCAGAGUCCCCAGUGAAACCAGUACAGCCUCAGAUCUCCCCACUUACCAUCAACAUUCCAGACAACAUCGCUCACCUGAUGAGCCCGCUGCCGUCUCCCACCGGCACCAUCAGCGCUGCUAACUCCUGCCCCUCCAGCCCCCGGGGGGCGGGCUCCUCGGGCUACAGGAUGGGGGGCCGCAUGGUCAGCUCCGUGGAGCUGCAGCUCAUCAACGACAACUCGCAGCCUGAGAACGACAAAGAGGCCUCCGGAGGGGACAGCCCCAAGGACGACUCCAAGCCGCCGUACUCCUAUGCACAGCUGAUCGUCCAGGCCAUAACGCUGGCGCAGGACAAGCAGCUCACACUAAACGGAAUCUACAAUCACAUCACCAAGAACUACCCGUACUACAGGACCGCCGACAAGGGCUGGCAGAACUCGAUCCGUCACAACCUGUCACUGAACCGAUACUUCAUCAAAGUGGCGCGGUCGCAGGAAGAGCCGGGGAAAGGUUCGUUCUGGAGGAUAGACCCGUCGUCGGAGGCCAAGCUCAUCGAGCAGGCCUUCAGGAAACGACGGCCCCGCGGGGUCCCCUGCUUCCGGACCCCACAUGGACCCCUCUCCUCCAGGAGCGCUCCAGCGUCCCCCAAUCACUCCGGGGUGCUCUCCGCUCACUCCAGCGGGGUGCAGACCCCGGACAGUCUGUCCCGGGAGGGCUCCCCGGUGCCCCUGGAGCCGGACACGCCCUCCGCGCCCCCCCCAGUUCCCACCGCCGCCGUCCAGCCCAAACUGGCGGUCAUCCAGGAAGCACGCUUUGCACAAAACACACCAGGCUCCGCGGUCAGCAGCCAGCCGGUCCUCAUAGCGGUCCAGCGCCAGUUACCUCAGACCAUCAAGCCAGUGACUUACACCAUGGCGUCCCCAGUGAGCACCAGCAGCUCCCAGCCCGCCGUCCAGACCGUCCACGUCCUGCAGCAGAUCCCGGCCGGCUCCACCGUCAUCGCCCAGCAGGCCGCCAUCAUCAAGAGCGAACCGCAGGAGAAUGGGGAGCACACGGAGGUCAAAGUGAAAGUGGAGGCGGUUCCCAGCAUCGGUUCUUUGGGCGCCUCCAGUCGCAUCAUCCAGAGCUCCCAGUCGGCGGCGCUGCAGACGGUCACCAUCGUGCAGCAGGCGCCGGUGGGUCAGCACCAGCUGCCCAUCAAGGCCAUCACCCAGAACGGCACCCACAGCCUGACCACCGCCCUGCAGGCGCCCUCCAGCUCAGUCCCGGCCGCCGCCAGCCCCCUCCACCUGCUGGCCACCCACGCCUCCGCCUUGCUCCCCACCAAGCGGCAGAACGGAGACCAGCUGACAGGGGAGCAGCCGGACGCCAAGCGAGGGAAAGCCGAGGAGGAAACGCCCGCCGUCGCCGUGGAGACGGACUCGCCAGCAGCCGGAGAGCAACCAAACUAGCCGUCUGGAUGCCGCGCCGCAGAGCUCCGCCCCGCCCAUCUCUCUCUCUCUCUCGCCCCGUCGUUUGUUUCGUUUCUCCUCCCGCCGCUGACGACCGAGGUGCCAAACGGAGAACCCCCCCUCACGCCCGCCGCCGCUUU